CUCCUCGCUCGCUCGCUCACCCCGCUCCCCUCCACCUAUUUCAACUCUCUCUCUCUCUCUCGCUCGCUAGAACCCUAGCUGUGGAGCUUCUCUGGACCGCCAUUGGAGGUAGUCGGAAGCUCUCAACCGCUGAUCUGAGCUAGGCUUGUCAGACCACUAAGCUUUCAGGGUUGAAACUAUGCAUAGCUCUUCUUCAAGACAUCAAAAUGCAGACAAAGAAAACAUCCAUACAUCAAAUGUCCAAGAAACUAAUGUGCGAAUAACAAGAUCACGAGCUAAAGCAUUGGGGUCUUCCAUAGGAGCUCUGCCUCCAUCAAAACCCUCUUUUAAACAGGAACCGAAACGUAUUCCUAGAGUGAGUCAUAAACGAAUAGCAUCGGAUGACAAUAAACCCUCUACAACUGCGGCCUCUGGCCUUCAGCAUAAGAGACGAGCAGUACUCAAAGACGUAACUAAUACUUCUUCAGAGAAUAUUUAUACGGACUGUCUGAAGGGAAGCAAUGUUAAGGCUAGCAAGCGAGGGCGAAAAGACCCUAAUGAAAAAGCAAAAGGAGAUGCUGAUGCUUCCAUGGAAAUUCUGGUGGAUGUGGAUGCAGAAAAAAUGAAAUUAGCAGAAGACCUAUCAAAGAUCAGAGUGGCUGAACCCCAAGAUGUUUCUGUUCCAAUAUCCAAAGAGGGACAAGUCACCCUGCAGGAUAUGACUUGUCGUGUGCGCAAAUCCAAAGAAGAAGACACACAGAGAUCCAUAGAUUGUUUUCAGGUGUUAGAUAUUGAUUCAAACUUUAAAGAUCCUCGGUGUUGCAGUUUCUAUGCGCCCGACAUAUUUCACAAUGUUAGAGUCGCAGAGCUUGAACAAAGGCCUUCAACUAAUUAUAUGGAGAAGGUGCAGCGAGAUAUCAAUCCAAGCAUGCGUGGGAUUCUGGUUGACUGGCUUGUUGAGGUUACUGAAGAGUACAAGCUGGUUCCAGACACGCUUUACCUUACCGUGAAUCUUAUCGAUCGGUUUUUGUCCCACAAUUAUAUCGGGAAAAGUAGACUCCAGCUACUUGGUGUCACUUGCAUGCUAAUAGCCUCAAAAUAUGAAGAGAUUUGUGCGCCGCGAGUGGAGGAAUUUUGCUUCAUCACGGACAACACAUACACAAGACUAGAAGUGCUGAACAUGGAGAUCCAAGUGUUGAACUAUCUGCACUAUCAGUUAUCGGUUCCCACCACAAAAACAUUUCUCAGGCGGUUUGUUCAAGCAGCACAAGCGUCUUACAAGGUUCCCCGCAUUGAACUGGAGUUCUUAGCAAACUAUCUUGCCGAACUGACUCUCUUGGAAUAUAACUUCCUAGGAUCCUUACCAUCCCUAAUUGCCGCUUCAGCCGUUUUCUUAGCCAGAUGGACACUCGACCAGUCUGACUAUCCCUGGAAUCCAACUCUUCAGCACUAUACUAGAUAUGGUGCACCCGAGCUGAGAAGGACGGUACUUGCAAUGGAGGAUUUGCAGUUAAACACCAGCAGCUGCCCCCUCAACUCUAUCCGCGAGAAAUACAGACAACAAAAGUUCAAGAGUGUGGCAACAUUGACAUCCCAGGAACGAGUAACGUCGCUCUUCUCAAGAUGAAAACUGAAGAUAUAUAACAAAAAAAAAAGGCCUAAUCAUAAUCAAGUCAGCACAUCUCUCUGGCUUAAGCAUUUCUACUCAGGUGAUCGACCUCUUAGUUUUCAGACAUUGAAUUUUAUGUUCCCUCUCUUCACUGUUAAUUCCCCGUGCCGUCUGUGUAAGUUGUCUGUCUGUCUGUAGCUCGUGUAAGCGUGGUUAGUUUGACGACAUGGUGCUUCCAGGCUCAUGUCUUUACUUGGAAAAAAAAGGUGUAACAAAAGGUAGAAUUCAACACAUUUAGCAGUUCCCUACCUU